AUGGCGGAGCCUGAUGCUGCCCCCAUGUCUGCGUCAAGUGGAAACAUCCUCGUCUUCAGGGGAUGGGGAGCAGACAAGCCCGGCAUUUGCCAGGCCUUCCUGGGAAUAGUUGUGGAGCACCAGAGCGAGGUCCUUGACAUGGCCCAGUUCCUCUUGGGCGGCGGCCUGAUGUUCACAUUCGUGCUGAAGGUGGCAGAUCAAAGUUCCAUUGGCUUGAUGAAGUCCCUCACAUCCUGCGCCAGGGAGCAGGGCCUCCAGCUGAACUUCCACUUCCCAGAUGCCGGGGAGGUGCCAGAGGCGGAGGGCGGCAACGAAGCAGUCAUCUCGGUAGUUUCAGCAUCGAUGAUUACGCCUGCGUUGAUGUUCGACAUUGACAAGGUGUUGUGGGGCCAUGGCUGCGUGGUGCUUGAAAUCGAGCACCGCAGUGACAACAUGAAGGAGCACAACAACGAGUACAACAAAGUCCAGAUUCGCAUCCGGUGUCCAGUGGGUCUCAGGCUUGCCUCGCUGAUGAUGGGACCUGCGGGCGGCGAAGUGGAAGGCUUGCAAAAGGUGGCCUGGGAGCAUGGCGGCGAAGUCACUGCACGCUGGUGGGACGCCAUGAACAGGCCAAACGGCAAGUCGCUUGUCGUCUUCGGCCUGUCCAAUGUCCUCUGCCCGGAUGAUGUGCUGGAUCUCGUACUUCGGGAGGCUGGGGUCGAUCCCGCGUCAGUGAAGUCGGAGUCGUCUCAGCCAGGUGCGGAGGAAUCUGCAAAGCUCGCGAUGCUGAAAGGCCACAGCACUCAACUGGUGCGCAAGGUCAUAGAUCAGUUGGCUUUCACUCCGGGCGCCAAGGUGGUUUGCUCGGCCAUGAAGCGCCUAGGAUGCCGGCUCGCCAUCCUUACAAACACAGGCAUGCGAGAAGUCGCGGAGCAUGUCAAGAGCCAGCUUGGCUUUGAUUAUGUGAUUUGCCGUGAUGUUGAGGUUGAGGAUGGCUGCUUUACUGGCAGGUACAUGGGGGAGCUCUCGGAUGUGAAGUUCCGCAAAGCGGACCUGCUGAAGCUGAUGGCAGAGAGAGAAGGUGUCGACUACCGAAAUGUGAUCACUGUGGGAGAGCCACUCACAGGACUGAAGGCUGCGAAUGCGCGGCUGAUGCUGGAGACGUUUGGACCAUUCGUCUUCUUCAACUCCACAAAGAUGCCAGACCUCACCAUUGUCCUCUACCUGCUUGGCUUCAGCGGCUCUGAUGUAAGGGCCCUGCGGAAAAGGCGCUGGGAUGACGGGCCUGGAAUGCCGGAGCCGUCUGGCUCAGCUGUGCCUCCAACGCCAGCGAGCAAACGCUUCAUGGUGCAGGUCAGUGCUCAGAACCGGAGCUCUGGACAGCUGCAGAGGAUCUUCCAUCCGCUAGCACCUCUGCGACAAGACGUACAGCUUACGACCGUCCGGCAGUGCAGCUUGCAGGAUGGCGGCAUGUGCCUAGGGCUGGACUUGACCGUUCAGAAGGACCAUCCUGAUGCUGUUGUCAAGGAGCUGGUGUACACUUGCCAGAAGGAAGGAUUUGCCAUCAUGGAUGUCAACGAUUCGGCAAAGGACUUUAACUGGCAGCUUCGGUAUCAGAAUCGAUACGUUGUGACCUUGGUACAGAAGCCGAACAUCAGCAGCACUUCGUUGAGCGAAGUGAUGAGUGUUUUCGGCUCCAAGGGCAUCAAUAUCAUCAAAAUAGAGCGACUGAGCAGUCGUGACAUCGCCUCACUCCAGUUCACCGUGAGUUUGCCCGACAGCCUGUCAUCAGAUGAGUUCUCCCGGCAUUUG